AUGGCAGGCGACGACAAGACCAAAGUCACCAUCAACGGGUCAACAUCAGGCUACAAUCCCACCACGCAAGACAACAUCACCAUGGCGCUUCUCCAAAGCGGCGGCGUCACGCGCAUUCAGAACGCAUUCCAGCAACGACUCGACGAAGCCGGCUGGACGCAAAAUCUACGCGAAUACGUCGAGCGCUUGUUCCGUUCGGGCGACGCGACCACCUACGACGAAGCUCUCCGUAUGGCGAUGCAGCACAUAAACAUGCCUAGCGCCGAUGACGAUUCUGCCACAGCGAAUGGGAAUGGUCAUGCCGACGCGCCGAACCUGACGAUUCCGCGUGAUGCGGCGAAGGGUGCGGCGGAGACUGUGAAGAAAGAGUUGGCGAAGGUGGUGAAGAUGGACAAGUAG